ACCUGAGAAGAAGAAGGAGCAUAGACCUCUCUCCUCAUCUGUCUGAAUUAAUGAAUAAACUUAAAUAUCAUGCAGCUUCAUUCAUCAGAGAGUUUGACAGCAGAGAACAGAAGAUGAGACAGAUUAUUAGAGAGUUUAGGAAGAUCGCUGAUGAAGUCAGAAAGAUGCAGGAGACAACAGAUGAAGUCAGAAGAGUAGGAACUGGUGUACUAGGAGUCACAGCCCUUGGCACGCCGUUAGGCUUACUUGCAGGCGGAGCAGGAGUAGUAGCAGCAGAAUCAACAGCACUAGCACUAGCAGCAGGAGGGGCAAGAGUAGCAGCAGCAGGAGCAGCAGGAGCAGCAGGAGCAGCAGUAAUAGCAGCAGUAGGAACAAUAGGAGCAGGACUAGCAGCAGGAUCAGCCAUUUUAGUUGCUGGUGUAAAUGUAACAAAAGGGAGAUUAGAGAGUGUAAGUAUAAAUAAAGUAGAAGAACUGGGGAAAGACUUCAUGGAGAUGGUUGAACCGCUGAAGAAGAACCUGAAAGAAAUAAAGAGGACAUGUGAGAAGUUGGAGAAAAGGUCAACUGAACUUCAGACUGGAAUCACUCUGAUAGACAUGUUGGAGUUUCAGAGGAGUCUGUCUGAACUGGUAAGAAGAGGAGUAUUGUCUGCUAUGUGGAACAUCUUCACAAUCACUGCGACCCCUGAAGAGGACAGAAAGUUAACAGACUCCAUCAUCCAGUCAGCUGAUCGCUGUCAGAAAGUUAUCGAUGAAUUGGAGAAGAUGAAGGAAGAACUCAAAGACUUCACAGAACAGUGAACAUACACGCUGCAGUUUGAAGAAAGAACAUUUCUGAUCACAUCAGAUCACAGUUUGAUUUCAAGUCAGCUUCUUCAUCAACACUUCAGGAGAACCAAGAGACCUGGGGCCUGUUUCACAAAACCAAGAUAAGGGAUUAAG